AUGCACGAGUACGAUUUAUGGCUCGAACACAUUUCAUUUUACCUAAACGAUACUUCGGCUCUGCUUUCUACAAACACGACAACCGUGACGUCAUCGACUCUCGCAUCCCUCUCGGCCUCUUCAUCUUCUUCAGCGUCGGCUGGUUAUGACGACUAUGGAGAAAUGGGAGAAUCUGAUUGGUCAGUUUUGUGUGACCAGUUCGACGCCCGUUAUGCGAGGUUCUGGGAUCAGUUGAUGGCUGCUAACUGGGCACACAUUUUCAUUUGCAUUCUCGGCAUUCUCGUCAACUGCAUUUGUCUCUAUACAUCCAUAACCACAUCAACCUGUUUCACCCUGGAACGAGCGCUGGCAGUUUGCGACCCCUUGAAGAGUAUGUGUUUGUGCACGAGGAACAAGAGUGUCAAAAUCUGUAUUGCCAGCUGGGCCGCCUCUAUCUUCUACAAUGUGUGUGUAGCAGGCUUGAAGCUAGUCGCGUACAAGUACUUCCCAGAUCACGUGACCAAAUUCGGGGACGGAUUGUUUGUCUUGGACCUGUCCCUCUUCUACACGACACCCUUUGUUCUCUCCUCCAUCUGCUACUGGCGAAUCAUUCGGGCACUCCGAGCUCGGGCCAGGAUGUUCGCCCUCGGAACUAUUCACGGGUUCAACCCGAAAGCCUCCACUCGACAAACGAGAGGCGAUCCCGCUCAGAAACCACUGAAAAUGAACACCUGUAGUACUUCACUACAGAUGGUCCAGAAACGACGGAACAUGAAUGACGUUGUCGCGAAGAUGGAGAUUGCAAAGCAGGAAAUAUCAACGUCGGUGUCGAAUGCCACGACUGAAAACAAGGAUAGAAGUAGAGAGACAACUGGAACUCUAAAAAGGGAACCUACACACCAGCACAUGUCUGCAAAUCGCAAGGUGACGCGUCUCAUGUUUAUGAUCAUGCUCUCAUUCAUCCUGCUCCUGUCCCCCCACCGACUGUGGAAUUUGGCCAGCUUCUUCUGUCCCAAAUUGACCUCUUUCACAACGAACCAGCUGGUGAUCCAGAUAGCCAGCAUAAUCUACAUCUGCAACAGUAUCGUCAACCCCCUCAUUUGCUGCUUCGCUUCUGAUCUUUACAGACAACAUCUGGUGGCGAUGUACACUCGGAGACCGAAGAGGAGUGUCCCGGGAAACUCGCAGGUGAUCACCGCUUCGACCAAAUUGCAGCUGGCCAACAGACUAGCCCGAAACAACAGCGAGGCCAGACGGAAUGGGACAGUACGCAAAGACACUCUACUGGUUUCUUCACAAAUUUGAAGUAGAAAACUGCUGAAAUUUCAACCAAGCUCCAUUGCAAAGACUAAUUUUAUAAGAAAAGUUAUGGGAAUCAAACAUUCAAGUAGCCUAUUAUUCUAUAAGACAAUGUGAGUAAAAUUUUUGGAAGUAAAAUUUCAUAGGGGAUAGGGAAGGAAACGGAGCCUACGGCUGCUCGUUUUGAAAUGGAAAAAUUCAAAUGAUGAUUGCAGUGAUUUUUGAACGAAUGACACAGACUAUCGGGGAAAUUAUGAAUCCUGAAAUCUUAUACCUCUAAACUCACAUGAAUUUGAAACAUAUGUUCCAACAGGGGGAGCCAUUCCCUCAAAAUAGCUCCAAAAAGGGGUCAAUUCCCUGAAUAAUGUGGUAAAUCCUCCACCCCUUUUCUAAAUACUGUAGAGACCCAGUUUUGACAAGUUUUCUGAGCUGCAAACAAAUUUUUGAAAAUAUAAUUGAAAGAAUAAUAACUCAAGAGAAGUUAA